AUGCCUUGCUUUGCAUUACAGUGUUCAUUUCCUGUAUUAUUUUGCCCUGUUCUUUCACAAGUGCAGUACUCUAUCUCUUUCGCUAUCUAUCUAUCUAUCUAUCUAUCUAUCUAUCUAUCUAUCUAUCUAUCUAUCUAUCUAUUUUGUCUCGUUACACUCUUCUUCUUCUUCUUCUUCUUCUUCUACCUCUUCUCCUGCUCCCCCUCCCUCCCUCUCCGUGUUUUCCUUCUUUAUUUUUCUCUCUCUCAUCUAUUUUCCCUAUCUCUCUAUCUCUCCCAAACUCCUCUUCCCUUCUAUAUAUCUCUUUUUGAAAUAUCUCUUCCUAUCCCUCUUUGUCAUACUUGUUCUCUCUAUACAUCCUUCAUUUUCUUUCUCCCUCUCUCUUUCUCAUUCUUCUUUGUUUUCCUUCUUUUUCAUUUAUUUAUUUAUUUCUCCCGCCUUAUCCACUCUUCUGUUCUCACCCCCAUCUAUUUCUCCAUCCCUCCUCCUAUCUCUUUUUCUGUUACUUUCUCUCUCUCACUAAAUCUCAUCUAUUUUCCCUCUCUAUUUAUCUCGAUUCUCUUUCUGUCUAACUCUCGUGCUAACUUUCUCUUUUUUUUCUGCCCCCGCUAUCUCUUACUCAGUAUUUAUAUAUCUCCUUUAUUUCGUUCUCUAUAUAUUUCCCCAUCUCUCUCUCACCUUCUCUCACUUUCAAUAUUCUAUAUUUCUCUUUCUCUCUCGCUUUCCUUCGCCGUCGCUCCUUCUCUCUUAGUCUUUUUUAUUCCCCUCCCUUUACAUCCCUCUAUCCCCCUUUCUCUUUCAUUUUCUCACACGACCAUUCUCUCCCCACCUCUUUAUCGCUUAGUUUAUAUGAUUCAUACUUUACUUACGGCUGAAAUGUCUAUCAGAGUGACUGAAACACGCUUUGAUUGA